GCCACUGAGUCAAAGCAACAGAUCAUCUCAGUGUGUUUUUGUGUUUGUAUUUGACUUUCAAUUGUUAGUCCUGCUUCAGUUUCACAUAUUUAAAUCCAAAACUUCUGGGAGAUGGAAAAACUGGAGCACGAUGGCAUUGAUCUUCCUGUCCUGGUGAAUGGUGAGGCAGUGCGGACCAAUGGGAGGGCAGCGGUGAGGAUGCAACAGUGAUCCAGGAAAAAGCAGCCCAUUGUUCCUGGGACGUCGGAGAAGUGUGACCACCCUCCCUCCCGCCGGCUCUGCCUGCUCGACCCAACCGCUCACUGAAGGACUCUCAACCACAGUGACAGGUAUGAGUGGGGGAGUCAAUGUGAAGUCGUCCCCUCGUGGGCCUCCCUCGUCGGGAAUCCCACUCCCACGUAGCCUGUUGCCCUCUUCCCCCAAAGCAGACCCUCGCCGCCGGGCUAGUGACCUGCCCAGGCCCUCAAGUCAAACUCCUAAAUACACUCCCACGCACACUCCCACGCACACUCCCACGCACACUCCCACUCAAUCUCCUUCUCUUUGCCCACGGAGCUCCAGCAUCCCUGGCCCUUCCUCCAGGGACCUGCUGAGAGAUGCUAGCCUGAAAAGCCAACUCUUCCAGCGAACAGGAAAUCUAGCCGCUCCCCUGGUGUCCCGCUCUGCCUACAGCAGUCCGCUGACCCAGCGGCGACCACCACCACACUCCAAAGACACACUGGAUCUGGGAAAACCUGCUGUGCCUCAAACCUCAACACAGUUACCACAUAAUGGCAAUCACAAUAGAAACACCUUCAGCAAUAAAAACCAAGCAUGGGGAGCCAGUAACCAGUGUCCACAGCAACAGUUCAGCACAGGCGACAACUACAACUCUGAAACAGCAGCAGAGGCCAUGCCCAGAAGAGAAGAUCCUCCAGAAAACCAGUCAGCCCAUUCCACCAUGUUCAACAACGGUAACCUCCGCCCCUCUCUCGCUCACACGAUCCAUGAACAAGCCAUCAGAAGUCGCAGCAACUCCAUGAGCCAGUCCGAUGAGGAGAUGGGGACCUCUGAGGACAGUAGUCCGGCCUCCUCUCCCAGGCCCCUGCCACUGCCGCCCAUCACAUUCACACUGCCGGGGACGUUAAAGAUGGCUGUUGAUACUCAGGAUCAAAAGCUGGACAAGGAUGCUUCGUCCACAGAGACACCAAGAGUCAACAUGGCUACUGUGGCCCCCUUCAGCUACAGGCUGCAGGUGCAGGAGGGAGACUUUUCAGUGGACGAGCUGAGUGACUGCUCCUCUGGAUCCAUAGAAGUCUGCUGCGAUGACCUCACACCAGGUUUGAUACACCUUGGAGAAAUAACAAUCAUCAUCAACUUCUCUCUGUCUAUACUGUACAAAUCACGAUAG